AUGCGCGUCGUGCGGAGGUAUGUUCACGCAGAAGUCGUGAAGACCCCUAAGUGUGAAAUUGAUUUCUUCGCUCCCCAAAACGCUAUGAAUCCAACGGCCACUCAUAACAGUGAGUUAAAAAGCACCAGCUACUCCCUUGUGCCAACCACCGCCACCAGCGCUGGCACCCCCUCCGAGCUCAUUCCCAUGGGCCAGCAGCGACCUCCGUCCUACGGUAGCAGCAGUGGUGGUGCCCGAUUUCACGACACAACUGCUUCUUCUUUUACGCCCCUUGUCACCGUGGACACGACUGGAGGCACCGACUUCUCCGACUACUUCUCCCCCACCGCUUCUACUGCAUCCUCGUCCUUCAAUGCACCCUCUGCCUUCAAUUCUCACCAUUCGGUUCAGUCUACCUACGCCUCAUUAAUCUCAGAGACCGACCUCUAUGCCGGUCGACAAUUGGCGCAACCUCACCUGUCCUACGUGAACUCAGCCGGCGGGGCCCCGUCAUUACAGCGCUUCAUUGGCGGUCUGACCAACAAGCUCCCGGAUCUGCAGUGUACGACAGGUGGGAAUAUGGAUGUGGCCUACUCGGCACCUCACAUGGUUGGUCUGGCCGCCUCACCCCACGCCAGCCUCAUCUCGCCCGCCUACUCACCCAGUUCCGUCACUACUCAAGGCAGUGGUGGUGGCGGUGGGAGCUGUAAACGCACCGUUCUCGAUGCGGAUGGUAAACCUGGAGCUUUCAAAUCAAGAUCGAAAAAGGAGAGCCACAAUCGUAUUGAACGAAGGCGACGCGAUUACAUCAAUUCCCAAAUCACUCGUUUGAGCGGAUUACUACCGGCAGAUAUGUACCGAGACGUAGACGGCCGAAGAAACAAGGGAACCGUUCUUCGAUUGUCAGUCAACUACAUUCUCGAACUGCGACAAGCUGUCGCACACACGGCCAGUCUUCGCCAAGAGACUGCUAUCGCUCGACAACUCAUUCCCCUCUUGCUCAAUCACAUUCAGUCGCUGGAGAGCGCCAUAAAGGAAGUGGAGAUGUCUACGGGAAAGCCGUUGGGUGGAGGAGGCCAGGGCGCCUCAAGCCUGCUGGAGGAGGGCGGACGAGCUCCCGAAAGCGCUGCCUACGAGGCUGUUCUCGAGGCUUGGCGCACGGCCAUGACUACCAACCUGGCUCGAGCCGCUGCCGUCGCCGCAAUGAACAACAACAGUGGGGAGAAUCCACAGGAGAGCAAAAUGGAGUCCUCCGAGAUGCCUCUAAUGUCGAACAUGCAGGUCACCUUCGUGGGAAGGCCUCCUACCACUACUGCUGGCGCUGUUGCCAGUCCCUACUUGCCUAAUGCAAUCUUCAUGGGGGCUCCAGUUUGCAAACUGGAAGAGGGCGAGGAGGUCUGCUAUGGCAGCGGUGGAGGUGGAGAAAUGGCCAGCGGUGGCGGUGGUGGUGGUGCCAAUGGUGGUCAUAUGGUGGUGGGAGGUGUCGCCCACGCUGCUGAGGGCACCACUGACGGCUUCUAUGACUCGACAAACACCAACAACAGCAACAGUGGCGGUGCCCCCAAAUUCGACCUCUCCAUUAUGCAAAUGGCCUCUGCCGGCGGCGCCGACUGCGGGGAUCCCAUGCAAAUAAUUUGCGCCACUGAGUGGGCCAACAUGCUCAGGUCACACAGACUCUUUCAUGUCCCCUCUUUCUCAUCCCACCCUCCCUCCCUCCCUCCCUCCCUCCCUCCCUCCCUCCCUCCCUCCCUCCCUCCCUCCCCCAUCACAUCUCUUGCAUUUGACCAUCUUGCCAUUUUACUUCCAGUCAUACCCUCUACCUACUUCGCUCUUUCAUCUCUCGUGCCCUCCCUUUUUCUUCCUUUCUUUGCUUCCCUGAACUCCGUUAUUUUGGUUAUGCACAUUGUCUUCGUCCUUCAGCGGGAGAACUUCCACACUCCUAUUGACGUGGCGAAGUACAUUGUUGCCACCACUGUGUCGUCCUGUGUGUUGCCGACAAUGAUUUGA